AUGGAGAAAGAUAAAGGAUAUAAAGUGCCCGAAGGAGGCUGGGGAUACGUGGUUUGUUUCGGCGUCAUCAUUACAUUUAUAGCCGGUAUCGGUCAUAUCAAUUCAUUCGGUUUGAUAUACAAUGAUUUCAUGAUCGAAACUAAAUCAACAGCUAAGUCCUUGACGACAGCUCAUGGAGUUUUUGGAAUGAUGUUAGCUAUCGGAGGGUUGAUUCUCAAUGUUAUAUCGAAAAAAUAUCCACUGAGAACAGGUGGGUUUAUUGGAGCUUCGAUUUUCUGCAUCGGAUCAUUCUCCACAAUAUUUAUCAACAAUACAAAUAUACUACCUUUAACGUUUGGUUUACUACAGGGAAUAGGUUUUGGGAUAAUGGUCCCAGUUUUGUAUUCAACGCUCAAUCAUUAUUUUGUUACGAAAAGAACUACUGUCAUGAGCGCGUGCAAAUCAGGACAAGGAAUAAUUUUGAUGUGGUACCCACAACUAAUGAAGAGGAUUAUUACAAUGUAUGGUUUCAGAGGCACUCUGUUAAUUAUAAGUGCAAUAUCCCUACAUACUUUCCCUGGAAUCGCUGUUAUGAAAACUAGAUCUAAUAAAUCUGCAGAAAUAAGAUCAGCAAAUACGAUAGAAAGAGGUACUAUUGAUAAAGCCGAGGAAAAUAUUGAUUUGCUGAAACAUAUUGAUAACAAUAACUGUAAUGAAACACAUAAAGUUGAGAAACUCAGAUACUGGCUGAAUGAGAUUUUGUGUUUAAAACUGUUGAAAGAUCCUGUCUACAUCAAUAUCUGUAUGGGUCAAAGUUUUAUGAACUUCUCUGAUCUAACAUUCUUCAUUAUCCAACCAAUGUUAUUAUUCCAAUAUGGAUAUAACCCGACUGAAGUUGCGACGUGCAUAUCAGUUGGAGUUGCGGCUGACGUAGUAGGUCGAUGUGCUCUAACGAUUAUUAGUAGUUUUACAUCAGUAAACACAAGAUUAUUGUACUAUGUUGGUACUGUUUUAACCUUCAUCUUUAGAAUAGUAAUACUUCAAGUCGAUCAACUUAUAUGGAUAGUUUCUUCAAUUACUGUACUUGGUGUAUUAAGAUCAUGGUUACACAUCGCCAGCCCUCUAGUGAUCUCCAAUUAUGUGCCCCACGAUGAUUUCCCUGCUGCUUAUUCCAUGUUCAUGUUAACCAGUGGACUGGUCAACCUAAUGGCUUCACCUUUAAUAGGUUUAAUAAAAGACGAAUGCCAAGAUUACGUGCCGGCUUUCUACGCGUUGUCUACGUGCUGUUUGCCAUGUAUUAUUUUAUGGCCAGUUGAAUAUAUUUGGAGACGUAACCCGGCAUAA